CCACACCGGCAGCACGUCCCGGCUCCAGCAGUCAAAAAACACUGCACAUUCCGGACACUUUCACAAGUUAGAAUUCCAUGACUGCAUUGCCUUUCUCUCCCCACCAUGGCUUCCUACUCUUCCUCCUCCUCCUCGUCACUCGGAGACAAGCAGCUGCAGAGGAUAAUCAGAGAUCUACGUGACGCUGUGCUGGAGUUGAGUAAAGAACACAAAGAGUGUCUGGAGCCCGUAACUGAUGACAGUGGAAACCUGCACAAGUUCUUCUACAAGCUGGAAUACCUGCUGCAGUUUGACCAGAAAGAGAAGACUACCUUCCUGGGCCAGAGGAAAGACUACUGGGAUUAUUUCUGCGACUGCCUGAUUAAGAUCAAGGGAGCCAACGAUGGCAUCCGUUUUGUUAAGUCCAUCCCCGAGUUAAAGACUUCACUGGGAAAAGGACGAGCCUUCAUCCGCUAUUCACUGGUUCACCAGCGUCUGGCAGACACACUGCAGCAGUGUCUGAUCAACCAGAAGGUUACCAGCGACUGGUAUUACUCCCGGAGUCCCUUCCUCAAGUCUCACCUCACUGCGGACAUCAUUAACCAUCUCUACGAGCUCAACCAGAUCCAGUUUGAUGUGGCCGCCAGGGGCUACGACCUCGAUGCUGAUUGGCCAAAAUUUGCAAGGCGAACGUUAGGAAGUGGCUCUGCAGCCUACCUGUGGAAGCCUCCCAGUCGCUGCUCCAGCAUCAACAGCCUGGUCAGCACCUACUCUCACACACAGGCUCAGGAGUGUGUUCCCGUCCCAGAGUUGGCUCACUGUUUCCUGGGAGAGCUGGGAGAACCUUCUCCAUGCAGCAUAGCAGAGGAUCUGCGCGUUGAGCUGGACAAGUCCGAGCUCAGACAGCAGGAGCUUUUGGUGCAGAUUCAAGAGUUAGGGAAGGAGGCUGCCGAGCUCAAAGCCGUGGUCAGAGACCUUCAAGGCCAGUUAUCGGCUCAGAAGUCCAACGUUUCUGCACCUGCAGCCUCCCAGAGUGACCGUGGCGUCGGGGAUGAGGAGAGGAUAAAUCAGCUUCAGAGCCGCAGGGACUUCAUCAGCACGGAGCUUCAGGACAGACUCACAGCUGCUGAGCACAACAACAUGGAGCUUCUCUCCAAGCUGGACGAGGCCCUCAAGGAGAAGGGGCAGCAAGCUGCCAGCUUCUGUGACUCGGCCUGGAAAAUCCAGGAAUUGGUGGAUAAACUGAAGACUGUGGAGGAGGAGAGGCUGCAGGCGAAGACAGAAGCCGAGGACAGGACCAGGCACUCUGAGCGUCUGUCACAGGAGCUCAAACUCAGGGAGGAGGAGCUGAGGAGCACUGAGGAGCAGCUGGCCCAGGUCAAAGCUGGAGCCCGGGACGAACGGGAGGAGGCGCUCAGCCGGCUGGAGGAGCUCCAGAGUGCUGUUGGUCGAAUUCAGGGAGCACUAACACUAAAAGAGAAGGAGUCAGGAAACCUGAGAGCUCAGCUCCAGGAUCUACAAGCUUCUCUCGAGUGUCGGGAAAGACAGGCAGAGGAACUGAGGAAGAAACUGCAGGAGGAGAGAGAGAAGGUGGAGCAGACUGAGGAACACGAGGGCCUGAUCGCAACUCUACAGAAGACUCUGAAACAGAGAGAGAAGGAGCUAGCUGCCAGUUCAGAAAGAAACAAGGAUUUAGAGGAGAAGCUGGAGAAGAUGAAUGCUGAGAAAGAAACUCUGAGCUCUGGGUUGGAUGGCGAGGAACACCAGAGCCUGGAAGACUACAGAAGUCAGUGCAGCAGUCUGGCAGAGGCCAAUGCACACUUGCUUCAGGCAGUCAGGAGGAGUGAGGAGACCAUAGCAGAGCUGACUCAGAGCAGAGCCGCCAUGUUGGAGCAGCUGGCAUCUCUGAAGGCCUCUGAAAACCACCUGAGAGCUCGAGUGGACGCCACUGGUUUGUGUGUAGAGGAACGAGAAAAGAAGCUUUCAGAUGAAAACCAGCGCUUGGAGGAAGCUCUCCAGAAGAUGCUCACCAGUGUGACUGAUUCAGAUGUGAAGGUAAAAAGGUUAGAACAGGAGAACCAGGAGCUUCGAGAGAUUCACUCCUUGCUGAAGGAACGGGCCUUCACAGGUCAGCAGGAAGUGGACUCACUCAACACCAAAGCUGACAAUCUGGAGAAGAACCUGGCAGCUUCCCAAAGAAGCCAAGCAGAGCUAUUGGAGAAGCUGCAGGAGUCAGAAGCUAAGCUCAGGGAGCAGACGCUGAGGUGCAGUCUGCUGCAGGAUCGAGUCGAGGAGCUGGAGAGUCGAACCAGAGACGCGCACGACGAAAAGGGAGCUGCAGAGAGCAACGAAAAACUGCAGAAGCUUCACCAAGAGCCUCCGGACGCCGCGGAGAACAAAGACGCCAACAUCAGGCUGGUGAUAGCUCAGGCUCAGCUGGAGCUCAACCUGAGGGAGGUGACCCGCCUCCACGACGAGGUGCUGGAGCUCCGGGCGCAGCUCCUGGCGGGCAGCGAGGAGAAGAUGAAGGUCCAGGCCCUGCAGGAGGUGACGGAGGCCUCCAGAGAGGACCUCCGGCUUUUAGUGGAGCAGCUCAAGGCCCAGGUGGAGGAUCUGAACCGCCGCCACGUGGAUGAGAUCCUGCGAUCUCGGGAGCGUGAGGAGGCUCUCGUCCGCGAGCGCGACGGCGAGGCGCAGGCCCGGGCGGGCCUUGCCGCAGAGGUCACGACCUCCAGGGAAGAGCUGGACAAGCAGAAGCUGCGAUACGAGGCCUCGUGCGUGGAGAACAGCGAACUGAGGGAGGCUCUUCACAGGGCCAACACGGAGACGGCAGAGCUGGGCGUGCACGUGUGCAUGCUGACGGCGGAAAAUGAGGAGGCGCGCCUGCGCUGGGAGGGCUUGUCAAGCCGGCUGCAGGAGCUGGAGGAGGAGGCGGCGCAGGAGGCUGAGAGGCUGAACACCCGCAUGGAGAAGCUCUGCCAGGAGAACCAGGACCUCCACAGUCGGCUCCGUGACGACGAAGAGCAGAGCCUGCAGAGCGAGCUGAGCCAGGCCCGACUGGAGAUCCGAGCUGCACAGGAGGCGAGCAGCGAGGAGGUCCUGGAGCUGCGCUCGCAACUCAGCAGGCAGACCGAGUGCCACCACAAAGAGCUCCAGAGCGUCACUCAGCAGUUGCAGGAAGCCAAGCAGCAGCUGGAGGAGGAGCAGGAGAAGGCAGCCAGCAUGGAGGACAGAUUCAGAGUGCUCCAGGCUGAGAAUCAGAGAUGCUGCCGACAGAUUGAGGAGAAAAACAUCCAGAUGGUCGACUGUGAAUCUCUCAUCCGGCAGAAAGAAGACGAGAUAAUCCGCCUCAAAGGGAAUUUAUCAAGGUCUGAGGAGGGUCUCAAAGUGGCUGAGCGGGCCUGUCAGGAGCUGGAUGAAAGUCUACGGAGGCUGGCUCAGGACAGAAAGAGCAUUGAUCUGAAGACAGCUGCGGAGCUGGACGAUCUUUACCGCACUAAAAUCAAUCUGGAAGAAAGGCUGAUUGAGCUCAUCAGGGACAAAGACGCUCUGUGGCAGAAGUCUGACGCUCUGGAGUUUGAGCAGAAGCUGCGAGACGAGGACGCAGAAAGGAACUUCUGCUCAGGAUGUCACACCCAGUUCAGCUGGUGGCUCCGCAAGUACAGCUGCAGUCUGUGUGGCCGUCCCUUCUGCUACUACUGCUGCGGCAACGCCGUCAGCACCCAGCAGGGCGGCGGCACCGAGCGCUGCUGCAGGGACUGCUACACCCAGCACAGCGCAGUGGUGGAGCGCCACCCGCAGGGGGACCAGGACCGGGACCAGGACCAGGUCCAGGACACCGAACGCAGCACACCGGGGACGCCGCUCAGCCGCCUGCUGAGGGCCGGGCUGUCUGUGAGCGGUGCUUCAGGGACGGAUGAGGGAGAGAAGCUGGACGACGGCGUCUUCGACAUCAUCACAGAGGAGGAAGUGAGCGGCGUCCAGGUCCAGGACUCCCCGUGUGGAGCGCCCGCCUCCUCUCCCCUGACCGGACAGCAGGGGGCAGCACAGCUAGCAGCAGAUGUGACUCCAGAGGAAGACGUCAUCCGAGCCCUGCAGGACGCAGAAAUCUGUCUGCUGAAGUCUGGAGAACUGACUCUGGCUUCUCACUUCACGGUGGAGGACAUCUCCGGCUUCGGGGACGGCUCCAGGGAGCUCUUCGUCAAGUCCAACUGCUACAGCACCGUCCACAUCUCCAUGAGGAGCGCCGGGCCCACCGUGUGCUGGACCUUCACCUCCGAGCCCAAGAGCAUCUCCUUCAGCGUGGUGUUCAGGGACGGCGUGGACACGCCGCUGGAGCAGGCCAAGGUCCUGAUCCCUCUGACUCGCUGUAACUCCCAUAAGGAAACCAUCCAGGGGGAGAUGAAGGUCAGGAACCCCGGAGAGUACACACUCAUCUUCGACAACUCCUUCUCCAGGUUCAUCUCCAAGAGGGUCCUGUACCAGCUGAGUCUGGACCGGCCCGUGGUCUACGACGGGAGCGACUUCCUGUGAGCGGGCCGGGCCGGGCCGGCGGCGAGGCGCUCAGAUGUCCCGGAGGGAGGACGAGGCCAGGUGGAGGAGCAGGUCCUGAGGAGCAGCUGGCUUCAGUCCAGCAGACAUCACAGCUGUUUCCUCUUCUUCUGGGCUCUCUGGACUUUGUGGCGGGAUCACUGCAGCAGAUGAACUCUGACCCCACACGACAGGAAGCGUCUGCCAGCUCCAGUCAGUUGCUGCCCUCUACUGGAGCCUGAAGGAAACACUCCUGCUGGUCAAACCUGGAACUGCACUCACUGCUCCAGUUCCCAUUUUCUUUCUGUCUUCAUGGUUUGGUGUUUGUGGAGGUCCUGCUGGGUGAGCUCAGACGUGGAGGGACAGGAGAGAGAGAGAGAGAGAGAGAGACCAAGCCAACGUUAAUAAGGUGAUUGAGCGGGACAAAAGUCCAGCAGGGAUGGAAACCGUCAGCCGUCUCAGUCAGUCACUCAGACGAAAGGCUUCUUUCUGAAACUACUGCAAACACUAACAGUUAAUACCAAGAGAAAAUACAGUGAGAGGAAGCUGGUGGAACACUGAUGAGAAUCCAGAUGUGUCGGCAUCAUUUGCUUGUAGAAUGAUUCAGCUUUUGAUGAUACCCACAGUGUGCAUUAGGGGGCAGUGUGGAGUCCCGCUGCCUGAGUUUGCUGUGUUUUUUGGCUUUAGAGUGCAAGUUGGAUGGUUUGGAUUGGUGAGAUAGAUGAAUUUGUUUUCUGAACGACAGAUCUUUAGUUUGACUGCUUUGAAUGUUUGGUAGUUUAGUAUAAAUAGAUACUGUUACCCAGCUCUGCAGUGGCUUCAUGAGGAGUUCACUCAGUUAUUUUGAUAUAAACCUUCAUUUUUUACAGUGAUUUAUGCUGCACACCCUUUAAAUGAAAGAAUAUUUGAGUCUCCAGCCUUCGCUUCAGCGGAGGAAUGUUUCCAAAGUGUCUUGGUAAGAAAAGCAGAAGGAAAUCCAAAUAAAGAGCAGUCUCGGUUCUGUUACCUGCAGCUUUGACGUGAGCAUAGAAACUGCUGAAGAGUCAUGAUGAAGAUGAAGGAACAGGCAGUGGAGAUGAUGCAGAUGAUGACGCUUCUGUUUCAUGUUUUACAAUCUAAACUGGGUCAGUUCCUGCUUCUUUCUCUCUCCCUGAAAAGAACCAGGCUGCGGUGUGUGUGUGUGUGUGUGUGUGUGUGUGUGUGUGUGUGUGUGUGUGUGUGUGUGUGUGUGUUUCUAUUGCAGAGUCCAUAUCUGAUUUGAGAGUGUCAUCCUGCUCAGAAACGUCAUUUUCUACUCUGAGGAGUAGAAACGUGGAGCUUUUUGUUGAAAAUGUGUUGCUGUUUGGAGACAGACACAGAUCUUUCAGUCAGUUGUGCUGUGAGUGUCUUUAUUGUACAGAAAUAGUCAACUACUAAUGUAUAAGCUGUUGCGACUAUAAAAUAAAAGAGAAUAUUAGAGAUAUGCUGAACUAUGUUUUUAUACAGACUUUAAAAGAAGGAUGUUAUAAAUGUACUUUAAUACACUGAAGUGUGAGUUUUUAUUUCUUCCAGUGCUGCUGUGUGUUCCACUUUGAGUGUGUUUGUUCAUCGAGCCUCUGAGACAGUGA